AUGUCUACGCCGGUGAUUCGGGCGAGCGUGCGCUGCCUGCGGUCGCUGCGGCGCACGCUGCGGCUGGCCAGCGUGCCGGCGCGGCGCGCGGGCGGCUGCGGCGGCGGCGGCGACCAGCCCCCGCGCCCGCCGCCGCGCCACUUCGCGCUCGGGGCGGGCUCCCUGGCGCUCGCGCUGCUCGCAGCUGAUCACAUUUACAAUGAAAAAAGAUUUUUUAAAGCUGCCCAAUUGGGGAACGUGGAAGAAAUAAGAAGACAAAUCGAAGCGUUCGGGGACGGGCGCACUCCGGAGGGCGAGGGCGUGGCGGACGUGCGGCACGCGCUGGGCUGGACGGCGCUCAUGGCCGCCGCCGCCAACGACCGCGCCGCCGCCGUGCGCGAGCUGCUGCGCCUGGGCGCGCGGCCCGACCUGCAGGUGAGGGCGGGCGGACGUGCGGCACGCGCUGGGCUGGACGGCGCUCAUGGCCGCCGCCGCCAACGACCGCGCCGCCGCCGUGCGCGAGCUGCUGCGCCUGGGCGCGCGGCCCGACCUGCAGGUGAGGGCGGGCGGACGUGCGGCACGCGCUGGGCUGGACGGCGCUCAUGGCCGCCGCCGCCAACGACCGCGCCGCCGCCGUGCGCGAGCUGCUGCGCCUGGGCGCGCGGCCCGACCUGCAGGUGA